GUAAUCACAGGAGUUUCUUUGUUGUAUAUAAGUUUUCAGAAAACAGCUGGAUUUCAGAAUGUAUCAGAACUCAAUCGAGCCUACAGUAUCAGUUGAGACGUUGGCUGACGUACCUGAGCACGUACUUAAAGGACUUCCUGAGGAAGUGAGACUUCUUCCAUCUGCUGUUGACAAGACACGGCUUGGUGUCUGGGCGACAAAGCCAAUUUUCAGAGGCAGAAAAUUUGGACCAUUUGUUGGUGACAAGAAGAAGAGAUCUCAAGUGAAAAGCAAUGUGUACAUGUGGGAGGUCUAUUACCCAAACUUGGGAUGGAUGUGCGUUGAUGCCACAGAUCCAGAGAAGGGGAACUGGCUGCGCUAUAUAAACUGGGCUCGUUCAGGAAAGGAGCAGAAUCUCUUCCCUUUGGAGAUCAACAGAACCAUUUACUACAAAACCUUGAAGCCAAUUGAGCCGGGCGAAGAGCUCCUGGUGUGGUACAAUGGGGAGGACAACCCAGAGAUAGCAGCUGCUAUUGAGGAAGAGAGAGCAAGCAAUCGGACCAAGAGGAACUCCCCGAAAGCCAAGAAAGGGAAGAAAAAAUCCCAGGAGGCUAAAAACAAAGGGAAAAAAGCAACAGAUAAAAAGCAGAAAACAAUUUUGGAUUUAACUGCUGUAGAUAUGAGGGAGCCUAAGGAAGGCCAUAAAGAGGAGGACGAAACGCCCUCUGUUUCAGCGGUGCUGUCACUGGAACAGACAGCUGUGAUCCAGGAGAUGGUCAAUCAGGACACACUCCCAAACUUGGUAAUCUCCAGUCCCACCAAUGAGCCACAGACAACUCCAGAAGACAAACCGGAAGCAAGAACAUAUGUAUCAAAAGACUUAGAGCAGCGGGAAGAACCUGAGGAGGAUGGAGAGGAACCUGAAGGGGAAAUGGAAGAGGAGGAGGAGGAAGAGCCAGAGGAGGAGGAAGAGGAGGAGGAGGAGGAGGAGGAAGAUGGUAGAUCACCUAAAGAAAGUCCUGACACGGAUCCCAUGUCCAUGUGUGAAGACAAGCUGGAGUCUGUGGAAGAGCAGAGCAGCAUAUCUGAAGAUUCCCCAGAAAGCUCCCCCAAGAAAAAGCCUUUGGCCAAAUUUGCUGUUAAGCGGGCCGAAUCCAAUGGCAGUGUCCAGGGAACGUUCAUGUUCCCCUGUCAGCAUUGCGAAAGGAAAUUCACCACAAAGCAGGGCCUCGAGCGCCACAUGCACAUCCACAUUUCGGCCAUCAGUCACGCUUUCAAAUGCCGCUAUUGCGGCAAAGCCUUCGGCACACAGAUUAACCGGCGCAGGCACGAGCGGCGCCAUGAGGCCGGGCCAAAGCGGAAGCCGUUCUUAACUCUGGCUUCUGCCCAGCCAGCUGAGGGCGGUGCCAAGAACCAGGUGACUGCUGAGGACGGCGUCAGGGACGAAACCGUUGCCAGGCCCGAGUUCACCGCUGCGGAGACCGAGAAGGUUUCUCUAGAAACGCCAAAUCCUGUUCUUUUUGAAGAGAGCAAGGAAGCCAAAGAACUGCACCCGUGCAAAUAUUGCAGGAAGGUUUUUGGCACCCAUACCAAUAUGCGCAGGCACCAGCGGAGGGUCCAUGAGCGCCAUCUCAUCCCCAAAGGGGUCAGGAGAAAACCUGAGGAGCUGCAGCUUCCGGCAGAGCAAACCCAGCAAGCCCCAAAUGUGUAUGUCGCCAGCACAGACCUCGAGGAGGAGGAGGAGGGCGAGGCGGACGACGUGUACAUCAUGGACGUUUCCAGUAACAUAUCUGAAAACCUCAAUUAUUACAUUGAUGGUAAGAUUCAGUCCAACAGCAGCACAAGCAAUUGCGACGUGAUUGAGGUGGAGGCCAGCUCCACCGAACUCUACGGAAUAAACUGUUUACUUAGCCCUGUGACGGUAGAGAUCUCCCCCAGUUUAAAGGCCACACCAGUGCACCUAAGCGACGUAUCUAAAGAGUCGCCGGCCGGCGGGAACACCGAACCCAAAAAGAGGAGGACCGCCAGUCCCCCUCUCCUCCCUAAGAUAAAAACCGAAAUGGAUCCAGAACCCAUCACGUCCUUGUGCUCUUUGACUAUUCCUCUUACCAUAUCGACAGCUGAGAGCUUGCCUUUCCCCAAAGAGAAAAGUAUUUAUUUAUCGUCUAAACUGAAGCAGCUUCUCCAGACGCAGGAGGGUAAUAAGGUGGCUCCAUCUUCCUCAGCUGAAAUCCCCAAAUUGGGACUCCCUGCGGCCUCUUCGCCUCUCCUGCCCGCCGCCUCCAGCAGGUUCAAAAGGAGGACCAGUUCCCCUCCCAGUUCCCCACAGCACAGUCCGGCCCUUCGAGAUUUUGGCAAAGCAGGUGAAGGAAAAUCUGUCUGGAACGAUACCGUUCUAGGCUCAAAGAUCCCCAAGCUAGAGAGUCAUAGUAAUUCGCCUGCCUGGAGCUUAUCUGGGCGAGAAGAAAAAGAGACCGUGAGCCCGCUUUGCUUAGAAGAGUAUAAAGUAUCAAAGGACUGGACUCCAACCCCUCCUUUUGGUAAUGUGUGCAACCAGCAGCCGUUGGAUUUAUCCAGUAGUGUAAAGCAAAGGUCAAACUGCAAGAACAGGGCCCAGGUUCCCUGGGAGUCGGUGUUAGAUCUCAGCGUCCAUAAAAAGCCUUGCACUGACACCGAAGCCAAGGAGAGCAACUUGGCUCCACCGGCCUGUAGUAGCGUCAAGAAGAAGCCGACCACGUCCAUGCUGCAGAAAGUUCUGCUGAACGAAUAUAACGGGACGGAUUCGUCGUCGGGAAACCCAGCCACCGGAACGAAUCCAAGCCCGAGUGUGUGCAAAUUAGCAGAAGCGCAGCCCCAGCCCGAGCCUGGUUUCCCUGUACCAGUGGUCCAGCCAGAUUCCCCGAGCCCCUCGGUUGAGCUCGCUUUGUCUCCAGCACCUGCAUCAUCUUCUUGUCAGGUGCCGCCUCUCCUGACUCCAAAGAGCUCUCCUUCCCCACCGCCCUGCCCGCCUAUGUUAAAGGUCCCCACCCCACCCCCUCCUCUCCUUCCUACGGUCCCUUCACCCCUCCCAGAAGAGCCCCUCAGUGUCACUCCGAGCUCAUGUCCCUCUCCUUUAUCAAAUGCCACCGCUCAGUCCCCUCUUCCAAUCCUGUCUCCGACCGUCUCAGCAUCUCCUGUUCCUUCUGUCGAGCCUCUUAGUUGUGCUUCACCUGGGCCUCCCAACCUCUCCCCCUCCUCUUCUUCCUCUUCUUUUUCUUCCUCCUCCUCCUCCUCUUCCUCCUCUUCCUCCUCCUCCUCCUCCUCGCCUUCUCCUCCUCCUCUCUCUGUCGUUUCUUCCGUCCUUUCCCCUGGCGAUAACCUAGAAAACUCAGUCCCCAUAAUGUCUUUUAAACAAGAAGAGGUAGAAAACGAGCAUCAAAAGCCAAGAGAAGACCCCCACAGUUCAGGUGUAGCAGAUCCCAUUCAGGAAACAUUUAACAAGAACUUUGUUUGCAAUGUCUGCGAAUCCCCUUUCCUUUCCAUUAAAGACCUCACUAAACACUUAUCCGUUCAUGCCGAGGAGUGGCCCUUCAAAUGUGAAUUCUGUGUCCAACUCUUUAGGGAGAAAACAGACUUAUCAGAACACCGCUUCUUGCUCCAUGGAGUUGGGAACAUCUUCGUUUGCUCUGUGUGCAAGAAGGAAUUUGCUUUUCUAUGCAAUUUGCAGCAGCACCAGCGAGAUCUGCACCCCAACAGAGAAUGCACGCACCACGAGUUUGAAAGCGGGACUCUCCGGCCGCAGAACUUUACAGAUCCCAGCAAGGCAAGUAUUGAACACAUGCAGAGCCUGCCCGAAGAGUCCUCCAAGCCCUCCAAAGAGGAAGAGGAAGAGGAGGAGUUGAACGACUCUUCCGAAGAACUUUAUACAACAAUCAAGAUCAUGGCAGCCGGAGUCAAAUCAAAAGACCCCGACGUCCGCAUGGGCCUCAAUCAGCACUACCCAAGUUUUAAACCUCCUCCAUUCCAGUAUCACCACCGCAACCCUAACGGGAUUGGAGUCACUGCCACAAAUUUCACCACUCACAAUAUUCCGCAGACCUUCACCACUGCCAUCCGCUGCACCAAGUGUGGGAAAAGUGUGGACAACAUGCCUGAAUUGCACAAACACAUCUUGGCUUGUGCCUCCGCCAGCGAUAAAAAGCGGUACACGCCGAAGAAGAACCCCGUGCCCCUCAAACAGACCGUGCGCCCUAAAAACGGCGUCGUUCUCCCCAGCCCGGCAAGCAAUACGUUCAGGCACAUGGGCCAGCCCAAGAGGCUUAAUUUUAGUGUGGAGGUGAGCAGGAUGUCCUCGAACAAACUCAAGAUCAGCGCUCUGAAGAAGAAGAACCAACUUGUCCAAAAAGCCAUUUUGCAAAAGAAGAAAUCCCAGCAGAAGGCGGAGUUGAGGAACAGCACGGCGGAGCCCAGCUCUCACAUCUGCCCCUAUUGCAACCGGGAGUUCACGUACAUUGGAAGCUUGAACAAGCACGCUUCCUAUAGCUGUCCCAAAAAACCUAUUUCCCCUUCCUCUAAGAAGAAGGCGAAAAAGAAAAGCGGGGCGUCAUCUUCCGGCAGCGAUAAAAACAGCAACCAGCGCCGGCGGACGGCAGACGCCGAGAUCAAAAUGCAAAGCACGCAGGCGCAUUUGGGCAAGACCCGAGCUCGGAGCUCAGGGCCCGUGCCGAUCCAGCUGCCCGCUGCGUCCUUCAAAUUGAAACAAAACGUCAAAUUCGUCCCGCCCAUUCGCUCCAAAAAGCCGAACGCCCCGUCGGCAGCAAGGAACGCCAGCCCUGUAAGGGUGUCCAAAGUGAUUCCAGCAGAGGGCAAAAAAGCGAAAGGGGUUACCAAGAACAGUUCCUCUGGACUCUCGAGCAAAGCGUCCCGCAAGUUGCAUGUCAGGAUACAAAGGAACAAAGUGACCUUAGCCAGCAAGUCCGCAGUGACAAAUAAAAAAAAGGCUGACCGGUUCAGCGUGAAGUCCCGAGAGAGGGUUGGGGGCCCCGUCACCCGGAGUUUGCAGCAGGCGAGUGGUGCGGACGCUACGGAGAACAAGAGGGAAGAAACCAGCACAAGGCAGGAGCUAAAAGAUUUCAGGAACCUCCUGUAACAAAGCAACAAACAAAAAAAACCCUCCACAUUGUAAAUGAAAUUUCCUAACUGGCAAGCUUGAGCCAGCGCACGCUCAGCUGGGACAGGAUGAGCACGGAGGCCCAAUCCGCUAAGCCUGGAAGGUCCAGCGAGAGCCGACGAAACCCAUGGAAGGGGCCGACUGCUUGCCGAGGAGGUGGUAGCACCGGCGCUGGAUUUGGUAUGAGCCAGCCGGGCGAGAGGAAUCCUUGGUUGCAGAGAAAAGAGGGCGAGCGCGUGGUGGUGCCUCCCCUCCUCGUUGUUUUGUUACUUUUAAGGACACGGAUCAAACCCAACUGGAGCAAAUUCUGCCACGGAGUUCACAGCUCGUGCUUCUACUUGCUUUUGUCGGACGUGAGAGGCAUGGGGGACAGCAAGCCAGUUGCUAGAGAAAUGGUGUCGCCAAAACGUAUGCAAAAAGCAGGUCCCCUUCAGACGCUCCCGGUAUAUUCAGGGAUAACGAAACGUUAACUGCACUCAACGUAUUUUUGGUCGCACAGCGAGUCUCUCAAAGCCUUUGUUUUAUACCAGCAUGAAGAGACGGGUGAGGAAAGGGAUUCCUGCUGUCCUCCCAGACCUUUCCUCCCCCCCCCCCCCACUUUAAAUGAGCGGUGGAAGCAGGCUCGGAAGUUGUCUUUGCUCCCCCACCCACCCCCGGUCUUCUAGUUUAUGCAUGGGGCGCGGUGUGGGGAGGAAGGUCUCGUCCCAUCACCCUUCCCGGCAUCCAUUUCAGAGAUCUGCCGUUGGGGAUAUCACCCACAACAUAAUCGUGAAUGAACCGUUCACCCCUAUAAAGCUGUAUAGCACAAAUGAACACACGGAUGAAAUUACUGUUAAUUGGCUGAUAAGAAGAGCGACAUUUCCCCCUAGUUGUAAAGCAAGAUUCUUCUUAUUAUCAUUUUUUCCUCCUGAAAAUAUAGUUUCGUUUUGUUUCCCACACACCUGGAGGGAAACUAGCCUUUCAGAGGAUGAAGAGCAAUUAGUUUCGUUUGAGCACCCCAUUUUUAAAACCUUAUUUGUUCUUGACUUAAAAAGUAAUCUACCUCUUAAAAUUUGUAGUUUUAAUAUUGUUUGGUGACUUUUGUGCCACUUUAACCACCUUCUCUUUCACUAUCAUUCCCCCCCCUUUUUUUUCUCUUUUUUCUUUUCUUUUUCGUCUUUUUUGUUUCUUCGUUACUUUUUUUUUCCGGUUUAUGGGGACUUCUACGUCGAACUAUUGUAUAAAGCAUUUGUAGCAAGUUUGAAAUAAAAUAAAAUAUUUAAAAUUAUUUAAAUUGUUUUUUGGACACUUCAGUUGUACUAUAUGUGAUUUACAUUUUACGUUAAUUUUGUUUGGGGAGGGGGAGAAGAAGGGGCGUUGUUAAUCUGGAGGUUGUUCCUGUAUUAAAGUUUGCUGUUUUGUAGUUUCUUUUUUUUUUUGUUGGAGAGUGAUAUAAAGGCUAUUCUAUUGAAAACAUUAAAAAUUUCCAAUUUGCCAUACAAAAAAAAAC